AUGACUAACACCAGUGAUCGGAUGGAUUUGGCUUUUGUGCUUCAAACAGGGUUCAUUACCUCCAAUCUAGCUGAUGACAAUAGGCUUUUGGAGAUUGUAAAAGCAUUUGUCCACUUUGGAGCUUUCAUUGUCACUGGUCUCUUUACCUGCCUCAUCAUAGCGACAGUGUGGCACAACCAGGGGCUGCGUCAGAACCCUCGCUAUGUUCUGUUGUGUCAGCACUGUGUCUGUGUGACCGGCUUCAACAUAAUGGGCACAGUCAUACACAGCCUUAGCUGCCUACGUUGGCCGAUCUCUCGAAUCACCUGUUGGAUCCUCUUCGACCUGCAGGUGGUGAUGGCACGAGGUUUGAUGAUCACCCUCACACUACUGUCCAUCAGCACUUGUCUGUCCAUUUGCAUGCCACUCCGCUACCCCAUUCUGGUCCAGCGCUUGCACCACUGGGUUGCAUUGGUAGCUUGCAUUCUCGCCCUGCUCAACCCUGAAGUGUUCACUGUCCUAGCCUGUGUGGGCUUUCCGUGGGACUACGUGCUAGGGCAGGACACUGAGUGCUCUACGGCAUUGGAGGGCACCGCAUGCAUUGCCAGCGCUUUAGCAUUGCUUUUAUUGCUGCUGCUGCUUAUUAUCAUAAGCAAUGUUCCCUCUAAUUUUUUUUCUUGCUGAGCAAAAGUUUUCUCUAUUGGGCAGACAUUUCGGCCACCUGAGCAAAAACAUUCUUUAUACCAGACCUGUACAGCGCACACACAAAAAACUGUGUAACUUUGAACUUUAUUGUGUUAUUUGUAUUUAAUUUGACCCGUGACUAAAUGAUGUACAUUUCAGGUUACCUGAGAACUG